GCUGUCCUCCUGCAGCCAUGCCGGGCUCCGAGCCGGGCCAGCCGCCGGCCCCACCAGCUCCCACCGUGGAUUUCCACCAGGAGCUAGAGUGUCCCCUCGAGGUCCGCCACCGCUGUGGGUCACUGUGUGACCAGCGCCGUGCCAUAGACAACACUCAGGCCAGGUUCGUCCAUUCCAGCGAGCACCAGCAUGGCAUCUUGACACCCAGGAUCCUGCCAGUGUUGGCUUCUCCUGUCUGCUGUCAUCACCAGUCGGAUGAGAAUCUGGAGAGCUCCAGCUACCGGCUCAAAACCACCAUCCUGGCAGAGAAUGAGGUGGAAGCCAACAAGCUCUCCAAUAACUACAAGUUCGGCUUCAAGAAAUGGAAGAGCCACGUGACCGCCCGGCCCUGGGAGGACCGCUCGGAGAUCACAAAGGAGCUCUACUCGGACCUGUGUGUUGUCCGAAGCCCAGCGGGCUCCACGGUGACCUGUGGGAAUGUUUUCUACCUGCUGCUGUUCGGCUGGUGGGUCUCCUCGGUCUACCUCCUGGUGUCUGUGUUGAUGUUCCUCUCUGUUCUGGGAGCUCCUUAUGGGAAGCUGUGCUGGAGCCUGGCUGGGUAUUUCCUGUGGCCGUUUGGGAAAGUGAUCCAGAAGGUGUCACUCUCCCCCAGGACCAUCAGGAAAUUGGGCGAGGCUGAAGUCUUCCCUGAACUGAGUGCGGUCAAGGAAACAAGUCCUCUCCUCUGCCACCCCAACGUGAGCCGAGAGCCUGCGGAGGGCUGUACCUCAAAGCUUCCUACCAGCCACUGGCACCGGGUCAGCACAUACAUCUGGCUCCUCCUGGGAUUCCCCAUCUUGGUGGUCACCCACGUCCUGGUCUGCUGCUGCUCCUGGCUCCUGGUGGUCAUCAUCCCCAUUGCCAAGAUGAGUGUGAGGACUGUGACCAGAGUUCUGCUCGAGGCUCCGGAGCAGGUUCACGUGCAAUCGGCCAAGGAGACAGAGAUCUCUCCAGAGGGAGAUGUCCUCUUGUGCUGUUACCGGGCCACCAACGCCUAUUACUACAAGUACUCAGUGGAUGGCAUCAAUGUCUUUGCUGUCAACCUGCUGCCUCUGGUCAUCGUGACGCUGGUCUUGGGCUACAUGGACAGCCAGAACCAGUACACCAGCUCCCUAGUCAAGUUCACCCUCUCUCUGCUCUCCAUCAUGCCUCUCUCCUACUACAUUGGCAUGGCCAUCGCCAGCAUCUCCGCCCAGAGCACCUUCGCGGUGGGCGCCGUGGUGAAUGCCACGUUUGGCUCCGUCAUCGAGCUCACCUUCUACAUCACUGCGCUCAUCAAGGGGGCUCACGAGGGGAGCAGGUGCUACGAGGAGGUGGUGAAGGCGGCACUGACGGGCACCGUGUUGGGCUGCACCCUCCUGGUCCCGGGCUUGUGUAUGGUGAUAGGUGGGAUCCGCCACCCGGAGCCGCGCUUCAACAGCCGCUCGGCGGGCGUCAGCUCUGCGCUGCUCUUCCUGUCCGUGGGAGGUGUGUUCGCCCCAACCCUCUUCUCCAAAGUCUACGGGCGGCUGAUCUGCGAUGAGUGCCGGAACGUUACCCAGAACCCCUCAGGGCACUACCUGUGCCAGACCUGCCACUUGGACUUGGUGGAGAACAAUGGCACGCUGUACUACAGCCAUGUCCAGCCCUUGGUGUACACGGUGUCCCUGCUGCUCCCUUUCGCCUACCUCAUUGGCCUCUUCUUCACCCUGAAGACACACUCCCACAUCUACGACAUUCACGUCAGCGAUCUGCCCGGGCACCACCAUAGAGCUGUGGUCCACUGGCCCCGCUGGCGGGCGCUACUGCUGCUGCUCCUGUCCACCUGUGCAUGUCCGCCUGUGCCGACCUGGCCACUAAGCACAAUCAGCCCCAUUCUGGAGAGCUCCACCGUGUCCCAGUAUUUUAUAGGGGUGACGGUGUUGGCCAUGGUGCCCGAGCUCCCCGAGAUCAUCAACGGUCCAGUUUGCCUGCAGAACAAUCUCAGCCUCAGCAUUGAGAUUGGCAACUGCAUCGCCGUGCAGGUGUGUAUGCUGCAGAUCCCCAUCUUGGUGCUCUUCUCCAUCUUCUACCCGACGGGGUUCAAGCUCCUCUUCAGUGACCUCCAUGUCUACGCCAGCAUGUUCAGUGUCAUUCUCAUGAACUACAUCUUCAUGGAUGGCAAAUGUGACUACUUCCAAGGUACUGUACUGGUAAUGGUCUACCUCAUCCUUCUGGCUGUGUAUUUCUUUGCCCCUUCUCCAGCUGGCUGCUGACCUCUGCCCCUGCUGGACUGGAGAGAGGAGAAGAGGAAGAGAAUUGUCCCUUUUGCACCUCAGGGAGAGAAAGUGUGUAUGUAUGUGUGUGUGGUGUGAGCCCAUCUGGUUUUGAAUCCUUCAGGCUGCAUCAGGAAGCUCAGUGUGUCCAAUCUGGGUCUUCCCGCCCCCCCCCCCCCCGCCCACCCCUCUUUUAUACUGUGGAGAUUAUUAAACUCUUUUGCACUGAAA